UCAUUUUCAAGAUCUAUCUAUUAAUUAUCAUUGCGUCUGAAAGUGUUGAGCAAUAUCAUUUGUAUUUAUUUUCUUAUCACAUCUUCAUCUGGAAUAGGAUUGUAACUGAAGCAUGGAUUCUGAAAUCCUAUCUACACUUAAUAACAACAUCAAAAAUCACUUGCCUGUCCAGUCAAAUGGCUUGAUAUCAGCUCCAGACCCUCCUCAGCAGCCAUUUGUAAUUGGUGUUGCUGGAGGUACUGCAUCCGGGAAAACAACUGUGUGUAAUAUGAUUAUUUCUCAGCUCCAUGAUCAACGCGUUGUUCUUGUCAAUCAAGAUUCAUUUUAUCACUCCCUGAGUGAUUCAACAUUGACACAAGUUUAUGAUUAUAACUUUGAUCAUCCUGAUGCCUUCAAUACAGAACUUCUCCUUUCAUGCAUGGAGAAAUUGAAAAAUGGACGGGCAGUUGACAUACCAAAUUAUGAUUUCCAGACCCAUAAAAGAAUCGGUCCAGGAUGGAAGGUUAACCCUUCAGACAUCAUCAUUUUAGAAGGAAUUCUAGUUCUCCACGAUCCUCGGGUUCGUGAUCUAAUGAACAUGAAGAUCUUUGUUGACACAGAUUCUGACCUGCGACUUGCACGGAGAAUUCAGCGCGAUACUGUUGAAAGAGGGAGGAAUAUCCAGAACGUUCUUGACCAAUACGCUCGAUCUGUAAAGCCAAGUUUUGAAGAAUUUAUACUGCCAUCAAAAAAAUAUGCUGACGUUAUAAUCCCUCGGGGAGGAGAUAAUGAUGUUGCAAUUGACUUGAUAAUACAACAUAUCCGUGCAAAGCUUGGCCAACAUCAUUUGUGUAAAAUAUAUCCAAAUGUUUCUGUUAUACACUCAACAUUUCAGAUGCGGGGAAUGCACACACUCGUACGUGAUGUCAAGACAACGAAGCAUGACUUUGUCUUCUAUGCAGACCGGCUAAUACGCUUGGUUGUGGAGCAUGGUCUAGGUCAUCUUCCAUUCACUGAAAAACAGAUCACAACCCCAACAGGAUCUGUAUACCCUGGAGUUGUUUUCUGCAAAAGAUUGUGUGGGGUUUCAGUCAUUAGAAGUGGGGAGAGCAUGGAAAAUGCAUUAAGAGCAUGCUGCAAGGGCAUCAAAAUCGGUAAAAUUCUCAUCCAUGGAGAGGGUAACAAUGGACGGCAGGUUCGUGGAGGCAACUGUACCAUGCCCCAUUCUCUCUCUUUAUCUCUGUUGCAUAUAACUUUUCAAAUCACCGCAAUGUUGCUGCAGUUAAUCUAUGAGAAGCUACCCGCAGACAUCUCAAGUCGGCAUGUUUUAUUGCUCGAUCCAGUUCUUGCUUCAGGAAAUUCUGCAGUCAAAGCGAUUAACCUGCUUCUCAGCAAGGGCGUCGUAGAGUCUAACAUCAUCUUCCUUAAUCUAAUAGCAGCACCCCAAGGAAUACAUGUGGUUUGCAAGAAAUUUCCAAAGCUCAAAAUUGUGACAUCGGAGAUUGAUGUAACAUUGGAUGAGGAUUUAUGUGUUAUCCCAGGGAUGGGGGAGUUUGGGGACCGUUAUUUCGGCACAAACAAUUAGGCAUUAACAGGACAGGAGGACCUUCAUCCAUCUUCUAUCUCCAUUUUUUCUUCACUCCGCUUUCCUGUUUUUGUGAUAAUCGUCAUAUUCUGGUUAGGAAAGAAACAAGAAUAUGACGAAUACAAGAAGAUCGAUGCUAGAUUAGAGUAUCAAGAAAGAUUUUGGAUGUUAUUUCCUCAAAUGCAGUUGUUUAACAAUUGGAUCCAGUAUAAUUUUUUUAA